CUUCCUGUGUAGACAGGAAACAGGAAGCAUAAUCAUCCACAAGCUAAGGAAGCCAAGGAAGCCAUUUUGUAGGUGAAUCUGGUGCCAUUCUACUGAUCCUCCUGAUAAAGCAUUCAAGCUUCCAUGGGCGCUCCAAGGAAGGGAUGGCCAAGACAAGCUUGUACUUUUGCUGCCGUUCCCCAAACAACUGCAAAUGUAGCGAGAGAACACGCUGAGAGACACCAUAUGUCCUCACCAACAACCUUCCUGGGUCCAGCUGAAAGCGCCACCUGCUGGAUGUGUGCCGCCUCCCCGCAGCAUCCUCCACUCGCACAACGUCAUGGCUCAUUCCAGCCACACAUAGCCGCCAAGGGUGCGAGCAAGACACACCCCCGCAAGCCUAGUCCACCAAUCACGAGCGGCCCGCUACAAAAGUAAGUGGAGUGGAGCUGGACGGAGCGUCCGGGUUUUGUUGGCGGAUCAUCUGACCCGCUUGGGUGCGCGCGAGGAGACGUCAGAGCGGACUCGGUGAAGCCUUGGUCUUCCUCCCCGCUGAGCGUCGUCAGUCACCCGGUUCGGUUCAGGUUGCAGGCAAGGAGGAAGAGGAGACGGAGGAGGAGGAGGAGGAGGAGGGUGACGACGGUGCGCCACUUUCCAAACUGGACUGACGCUGGCGCAACAAGCAUGGGAUUACUGCGUGCGUAAUGCUGCCGCGACUCCACUGCGGGACCAUGUGAGACGUCCUGGAUCCUCCUGGUUCUGUCGUUUCCCCCCCCUUUCCUCUCUCGUGUGUGGAUAUCCUAAAGGAUCAGAAGUUUGGCACAAAAGAGGAUUUGCACGCCGCCAACGACAUGGACUCGCCACUGCUGCACCCCCAGGCCCCUUUUUUAGAACCCUUCCCAAAAGCUGCUAAAUAAUAAUAACUUCAUGACCGUGAAGACCCCCAACACCGACACCGCGGAUUCUGACACCUCGCCCGGAUUUGGAUUUGUCAACACCAUGAACUUUAUUGACAGUUUGACACUAUUAUUUCUGACGCUGUCGGCUGUCAAGAGUGCCAACGUACCGAGGGAAGCAGAGAGAGGUCCACAUGACGUGAUCCCCUUAAUGGAGGUGUACAACAAGAGCUUGUGUAAGCCUCGGGAGCUGCUGGUGGAGAUCCUGCAGGAGUACCCCGAGGAGGUGGAGCACAUCUUCAUCCCGUCGUGCGUGGUGUUAACGCGCUGCGCCGGCUGCUGCAACGACGAGACACUGCAGUGCACGCCCACGUCCAGCUAUAACGUGACGAUGGAGAUCAAAAGAAUAAAAACCCAAAGGCAACAAAAUGAUAUCUUUAUGAGUUUUACAGAACACAGCGCAUGUGAGUGUAGGUUAAAGAAAGAAGUGAAAGAAUUGAAAGAAAAUGUUUGCAAGCCGUGCUCGGAGAGGAGAAAGCAUUUGUUCGUGCAGGACCCGCUAACCUGCCGAUGCUCCUGCAAACACACAGACCAGUUUUGUAAAGAUCGCCAACUAGAGCUCAACGAGAGGACCUGCAGAUGUGACAAGCCCAGAAGAUGAGCGGGGACGCAGGAGGGAGCAGCACAUGUAACAAGAAUGAAGGAAUACUCUGUUGUAUUAUUAUUCCUAGAAUAUAAUAUAGGAGAUAUUUCACAGCACAGCACUUUCACCUUUUUUCGUGAGCCACCCACCCGCCGGUAGGCCCUUUUCUGUGUGGAAAGCAUUCCGCGUUGUGGAGAGAGAGAGAGAGAGACUCGCCUGUACAGCCACAGUGCGUGCGCGUGUGUGUGUGUGCGUGUGUGUGUAGACCAGCAUAAAAGUACACAAAGGUUUGCUGCUACGAGCCCGCCAAGGAGCGCCACGUGGUUUUUCUUCUUUUUUGCCUUCUAAUAACCAUCGCUUUCACUUCACUGGAUGCGAGUCUACUGUGCUGGUGUGCCAAGACGCUGCAAUGCGACAUUGAACUGAACGCUCUGGAGAAGGAGAAGAUGCAUUCAAACGUGGAGGUCUUGCUUUUUAAUGCGGAAGACAAACAGGACAGCGGGUGGGAAUCUUCCAGAAGAAGGCUGCCUUUCUUCCAAGGAAUGCUUUUAAAGGGAUACUGGAAUGAAAACCACUGAAAAAACAAACUCUACUGUCGGAAGACAACAAAGAACAGCGCCUCCCUGGCUAAAGAGAGACUAAAGAAGUUGUUGAAGUGCUUUAUAAAUUAUUUGGAAGGGGGAUUUAACAUCGGUAAUGCGUCCCCUCCGAACGUGUACAUAGCUUCAUAAUAACAUCCCUCCGUGCCGUCGUCCAUUUUAGCUAAUUUAUGUCUUAGAGGAUUUUUCAGUAUUCCUUUUCUGUCCCGUAUUUAAUAUGCUCUAUUUAUAUAUGCAGUGUUGUCCUGCCCCCCCUCCUCAUUGUCCAUUUUUUAAAAAUAUAUAUAAAUAUAUAUACAUAAGAAACAAAAAAACACCAACCAAAAAAAAACAAAAGACAUGAGAAUUGAUUUACUAACAUUCCCUAAGUGGUUCCCUUGUAUAGAGGACACCUGGAUUAUUAAAAAAGAACACCACACACACACACACAGUGAAGAGGAUGUAGAUGAUGUACAUGAGAAAGUAGCGCCCGUGUGUCUUUUAAUGCAUCCCGCAAAGACAAAUAGGAACUACUGCUGCAUCUUUUGGAAACAUUGAAAACAAACCCUCCUGAACCCGCCAUCGUGUCUUAGAAACCUGAUUUAUUAGUGCCUUCCUUUUUGUCUCUUCUACCACUAAUAACCUGUUUUUAUGUGUCCAUGUAAAGCAGUAAAGCAUAUUUAUUUUCAAAUGAUAUUGUUUUUAUAUAAAAAUAUAGAAAA